UUAGUUGUUGCACAGCCCGGAAGUAAACGGUCCAGCAUGGCUUUCUAUCCCCUGACGUCUUUUACAUAAAUGGCAGCUGUUUUUGUUUUAAUACGUUAAUUAAGAAAUCUGAGCGGUUAUUAUUUGUUGGCGUGGCUACACGUUAAACGUAGCAUUUCAUAGUGAGAUAACGUUGACCGGGACCCCGUUAUAGCGUCGACUGGGAACCAAGUGACAAGUCUGUGGUGGUCCAACGUGGCUGACGGUUUAAGUAAGAGCGACUAUUUCACAGUGGCCAUCAUGUCAAAUGUAAAGUCCAGGAAAACACACCCUGCAGCGAAAGGACAACAGCAGGUUUCUGAAAAGAAUAACAACAAUGUAAAUAAGAAAAAUAAAUUCUGGUUUAAAGACAAAGUUAAAAUUAAAAAGUUUUCCCCAAACAACCAACGGAAAGUGGAACCUCCAAAAGAUGCUCAACACUUCUCUGCCAACUGGAAAGCAUUGCAAGAGAUUUUAAAAGCCAGUGAGCCGGAGAAAAAACAGCCCGUGACAUCAACAAACCAGACUGGAUCGCUUCAAAAAAAGGAGACCAAAGAAAAUUCUUCAUUAAAUAUUUCUAAGAAAAACACCAGUCCCAAGCAGACAGAGACUGGCAAAAAAGGGAAGCAGAAAACUGCGUCAGGCAGUGUUGUUCCCAAGGACGCUCAUGUCAAUGCAAAGGUUCCGGCCGUCUCACCAUCACAACACUCUAUUGCUCCAAAAAGGAAAAGCAGCAGUGGAAAUUCAAGCAGUGAGCAUGCGGUGAAAAAAAAGAAGGUUGUGGUUGCAGAGAAGAAACUUACAGAAGAUGACCUGUGGUUUGACGAUGUAGACCCGGACGACAUCGAGGCAACGGUCGGAUCAGAGGCAGCGGACAUCAUGAGGAAAAAGCAGCACAUUCAAACCAAGGAUGCAGAGAGUGCUCUGGUCAAGGAGAAAGCCUUUGAGGGUCUCACCAAAGCUGUGGCGAUUGAUUGUGAGAUGGUGGGAGUUGGUCUAGACGGAGAAGACAGUAUCUUGGCGCGCGCAUCCCUCGUGAAUCAGUUUGGGAAAUGCAUCUAUGACAAAUACGUCAAACCCACAGAGAGGGUGACGGACUACAGGACAGCCUUCAGUGGCAUCCGACCAGAGGAUAUCAAAAAUGGAGAAGAUGCGAGGGUCGUCCAGAGGGAGGUAGCAGAGAUCCUGCGAGGCAGAAUUGUGGUUGGACAUGCCAUUCACAAUGAUUUAAAGAUUUUACUCUUGGAUCACCCCAAAAAGAAAAUCCGGGACACUCAGAAGUAUAAACCAUUCAAAAAGAUUGCUAAGAGUGGCCGGCCCUCAUUGAAAGUCCUCUGCAAAGAAGUCCUUAACGUGAAGGUCCAGCAGGGCGAACAUUCAUCUGUCCAAGACGCACAGGCCACCAUGAGGCUCUACACAAUGGUGAAAAAGCAGUGGGAAGCAGAGAUUAAAGCCAGUCACAACAACAAAGACUCGGACCAGAAAAGUGAAAAGAGGAAACCCAAGUUGCCCAAGAGCAGAUGAUCUCAUUAUAUCCUGAGGAAAACUGAGGAAGAUGAUCAGACUUUAUUUUUUGAAAGACAAAAAUAUGAACGACGUCACAGGCUCCUGCUGUGGAAAACUUACACAGGAAACUUUCCCUUUAAGAUCUUUUCUCUUUCUCCCGUAAACAUGGCAUCAUUUCAAGAAAUGCCUUCAUCCCCACAAAACCACUGGAAACGCUGUAGUACAUGUGCCACACCUGUACAUGGCGCUGUGAUGCCGUCACAGAAGUGCACCACAAACAGAGAAGAAGAUGCAGAGCACGCAGAUAAAGCUUGCACAUCGUGGACAAACAGCAGAAGAAGACAACGAGAAAGAUGGCAACAGCAAAGUACAGUAGGGAAAUGUUGUAUUUGAAGACUUGUUUUUCUUUUCUUUGUUUUUUUUUCAUUGUUCAUAUCUUUGAUUUGGAAUAACUUGAUUUGCCUGGUUGUUUGUUAUUCGUCUGUAGCUAUAUUACGUUUCUCACCCAUUAAUCAUUUUACCAGUUUGAUUUGUCUGUUUUGUUCAGUGGCGGGUCAUCAAUAGGAGGCACCUGUCCCACAUGAAGAAGAAUCACAGACCUCCAAUGACUUUAAAAACAUUUUAAUGAAUGUAUAUUUUUGUCACCUAGUGUGGUAAAUGUGACAUAAUAGUGAGUAAAAGGACUAAUUUGCACCAGAGCUGUAGAUUUAAAAUUCUGAGAGGUUACACAUUUAAUAUGGGAUUCCAGAAUGACUGCCACUACACAAACUCUGCUACUUAUUCCUUUACUAGCACCUCUGUCGUAUUUAUUUCACAGUGAAUCAGACGUACACAAAGUGCUGUGUAGGUAGUAAUUGUGCCUGUGUUGCUAAGCUGUUUGUGGGCCCAAAAUCCCAUGUAGUGUGUGUGUGGUAAUUAACUUUUGUUGGACAAACUAAUCCCGAGUCUGCCACAGUUAGUAAACACAAACUUCAUAGUAGGUUUUCCAUGGAUUUAACGUGCAUAACGUGCAAUAACGGUUAACGUAGCAGUGUUUGUGCGGUGGCCGCUAUGAUGGUUUGGCGAGGUUGUGGCGAGUUGGAACACACAAUAAUGUCAGUGUGUCUCAUACACUAUGACCAAUAUCUCACCUCUGGCCACUAACGGGACUUUGGAGUUUGUUUAUUACCGAAAUGCAUCACGUCUGUUGAAUCACACGCUGAUUUUCCUGGAUUCCUGUAACGUUGCCAUCAAUGAACAAGAUUCUUCUGCCUGAUCCAACAACCCACACCUGAGAGCUGCAGCAGCGACACUGUCUUCUUUAUGUGAUGGUUCAAGGUGAAAA